ACGUCGGUUCAAUAAAUCCUCCCCCGAGUGAUGGAUAUUUGUUACCUCUUGUCAUAUCGGCCAAAGGGGAAACUUUAAGCGCUGUAUUUUAUUUGAUAAAUAUGAGUUCCUGUGUUAUCACCCCUGGACCCUACCGGGCCACCAAACUGUGGAAUGAGGUGACUCAAUUGUUCCGGGCUGGUAUGCCCCUGAGGAAACAUCGGCAGAACUUCCGCCACUACGGCUCCUGCUUUACCGCCUCCGCCGCUGUGGAGUGGAUGCACCAGCUGCUGCGUUGCAACAACAAUUUUGGCCCUGAUGUCACCAGGCAUCAGACGGUGCAGCUCCUGAAGAAGUUUAUGAAGAACCAUGUCAUUGAAGAUGUGAAGGGCCGCUGGGGCACAGAGGAUCUGGAGGACAACAACAUGCUGUACAGAUUCCCCUCCUCUUCCCCUCUUAAGCCCAUUCCAUGUUCCGCUUCAGGCUCGGCUCCUGGCUCUAUUAAGAAAAGGGCCUCAUUCAGGGACAAGGAAAGUUUCUUCAGGUUUAGAAAUAUCAAGAAGCAGCACGAGAAAGAGACACAGGAAAAUGUAGACCCUACCCUCCAAGCAGGAGGAGAGAAUCGUCCAAUAGGAGAGCAGCAGGUGCCAAGACGAGAGCUAACGGUGGAGGAUGAAAAGGAGAUCUGGAAAGACAUCACCCUGACCCACCUGCAGAGGAUUCUGGGUGUUGCAUCUCUUGAUGAGGUUUUAGACCAACGUUACGUAAACCCACAGAACAUCAUCCAUAAUAUGACCAAAGUCAACAAGCACGGAGUGGUCACACUGGACGACAAAUCCAAUGACCUUCCUCAUUGGGUUUUGUCUGCCAUGAAGAGCCUGGCCAACUGGCCGAAGUAUGACAGCGCUCAGCCAUCCUAUCCCGGCUUUGAGCGAGAUGUCUUCAAAACGGUGUCCGACUACUUCUACAGCCUUUUGGCGCCCGUGCUUACUUACGAACUUUAUGAACUAUUUAUCAACGUACUGGUGUUUUGUGGCUACGUUGCAGCGCCCACGACGCACCAACUUGGGAAACGCAAGAAGCCCGACCUCCCAUCGGUCCCCCCUCCGGCCAAGACCUCUUUCCGCUCCACUGAAUGCCUCCUCCUGUCGCUGCUCCGGCAGGGGGCGUGCGACGAGGCCGAGUCGCCAAUGAGAGAGGUGCUCGGCGGGACACUUCAGUCGCGGCUGGCGGCGCUGAAAGGAGGCGUUGCCAGCCGAGGUGACGGUCAGCUGGGAGGCAGCUGCACAAGUCUGAGCACAGUUGGUUUUGCGAGGCCUCGAACCAAGUGCUGCUCACUGGAAACGAUCCUCGAUGACUCCGCCCCUCUCACCAGGCAACCGCCGUUCCUGUCUCACGACAGCCUGGCCGACGGCAGCUCGAGCCCCGGGGACGGCUCUGCCAUCGCGACGGCCUGCAGUCAUACGGACUCGACGUCUGUAUCCAAAGCGACCGCCUUCACUUCUGUAGGUGCUCCAGCAGGUACAACCGGAAGCAGACUUUCUGUCGCCGGCCCGUCGGCGGCACACGGGCUGCGGUCAUCCCGGCCACGCAGCACAGGCAGCUGUCUGGACAUAGUCGUAGAAAGCAGGGAAGAAGACGCCAAGGAGCCCAAGUUUCAGGGUCGCGCAACAAGCUGCCUCAACGUGAACACGGCGGCGGCCCGGCAUCACUCCUCAGCGUCACGGCCUCCCUCGCUCUACUCCCAUCUUCCCACCUUUUCCUCUUCUGGUCUUUCUUCCGCUUUCUCUUCAUCUUCUUUGGCCAAAGCACAAAGGUCUCAUGCCACUCCAGGACCCAGUGGGCACAGACCCGCCUGCACUACCUCAAAUCUUUGGCCGCUCCCUCUACCCGCUGUUGUCCGGCGCUGCGUCAGCUCACUGGACGUGUCGAAGCCGCCUCGACCCGUAACCCUGUGCAAACCGCCCGUCUGUGUGCCCACCACCCGGCACCCCCAACCCCAAACCGAGCACAGCCUUCUUCAGCCUCAGUGUGAGCGUGUGGCCAUCGAGGCCCUGCAGCUUUGUACCCUCCUCCUCCCCCCCAACUCGCGCAGAAAGUUGCAACUCCUCAUGAGGAUGAUGUCGCGCAUCAGCCAGAACGCGGACAUGCCCCGCCUCCACCCCGCCAUCGACACCCGAACGCUGAUGGUUCACACGUUUUCAGGCUGUGUCCUGGGCAGCGCAGAGGAGUGUGAUUUGGACGAGCUGUUAGCGACCAGACUCGUUUCAUUUCUAAUGGACUAUCAACACAGCAUCCUCACGGUCCCAGACUACCUGCUCAGUGCUAUCAAUGACCAUAUACAGUACCUGCGCGCCGUACAGGUCCCGAUGGAUGGGGUUUCCAACGUUGAUGGCGACGAUGCCGUUUGCGUCCCGAUGCCCAUCUACGCGUUCUGCCGUCAGAUUAGCGGCGCUGAGUUUGAACAGCAAAAGCUGACGUCUUCCCAGAAGGCCAUGGAGGAGUUGCUGGAGAUGCUGCUGACCGACCAACACAUGAGCGAGAAGGACCGCCGCAAGAAGCUGAAGCAGUUUCAGAAGCAGUACCCAGACAUCUACAGUCGACGGUUCCCCCCCUCAGACGGGGAAAACAAGGCCGACGAGCCAAAGAUUAAACCUCCUCUCUUCAACAUCAGGAAGACAAAAGCGUUCAGCAUCAGGAACUGAACGGAGCGCACGGGUUGUGUCGCCAUCGUAGAAGCUGCCGUUGUGACUGCGCUGAUACUGUGUGGGGGGACCAGUUCGUACGAGCCUCAGAUUGCAUUUUGGGAGUAAAAUGAUGUGCAAUGUUUAAGAUCACUGGUCCAUAUGGGAAUAUUUAGAUCAUAGAUUUAUUAAUUUAUAUGCCGACAGCAUUGGGAGCCGUGAUGGAUUGGUGUUCCUGUGAGGUGUCUUGUCAAGUGAACUGUUUUUAUAAACUUUUAUAAACAUUUUAAAUCAGAAUCUCGAGUUUUGUCUUAAAUGAACUGAAUCAUUUCUCUCAAACUCCAUUCUUGUGUUCGUCCUCUUUUUUCCGUGUGUGGUGGCAUUUUAAAGGACUUUUACGUUCAUGUUUUAGUUUCUUUUGAUUUUCAUUAUCUCUGUUUUAUUGGAGCUUGUCCUUCCCAGUUUCUUGUUUUCCUUGUGUUUGUGUGCCUCAUCUUGAACUCAUCUCUGCGUAGUUUAUUGGAUAGAGACAUUUGUUUGCACUGGAUGUCAUUGUAAAUUGCCAGCAAGCUUAUGUCAAUAAUCAAAGUAGUUAAUUUAUACUUAUUUAAUGCUCAUCAGGCUCCCCACAGCAGGUUUCACCAGACGGCCGUCAUAUGUUGGGUGAAUGGUUGCUGAUGGCUAUGAAUACAACCUCCCACGAAGUGUUUUCAUAACGGCAACGACAACAUGAAUCAUUUGAACGCAGUGAAGUGGCUAUUUACUUCCCUCCAUUAAUUUCCCACAUGGGUGCUAAAAGAUAAUUAGGAAACAGAAGUGCAAUACAGAACUCCUAAUUUCAAAUGUCUGAAGUAACGGCUCUUUUGCAUCGCGUAUGAAGUAUUAGUUCUUCCCUGAUAUGUUUGUCUAUACCUCAGAUCACAUGGCGUGUGUGUGUGUGUGUAACAUAUGUACCCUCAUCAGUGUUUUUAGUUUUUCCCAGAGAGCUGUUGUGUUGUACUCCCACACAGUUCUACUCUCCUCCAUAUUGUUUACUAUGCAAAGUUCUGGGAAAUCUUAUCAAGCUGUUAUUUAUUUGGAACUGUCUGUUUGAAAUGAUGUGUGUGUUGUGCCAUAAAUACUGUACACACACUGUAUAUUACACCUGGUACUAAAGUUGUGACUGGUAUUUGUUGUUUCUCCGUUGUAAGCUUAAUUGUUGAGGUCUGUGGUCAUAGGGACACACAACUGGAAGGUUUGAAGUAAAUUAGUUUAAUUCAAUGUCCUACUCAUCUGUGUAUUCCACUUUAAAGGUUGAUUCUAAUUCUAGAAUCAGCAGAAUUAAAUGGAUGUUAAAUGUA